AUGUAUAGGUAUCGAAAUAAUGCCAAAAUUCAAAACCUAUGCUUUCAACGUACUAGUGCAGAAACAGAGACAACAUAUCUGAAAGGUUGGGCUAAGCAAUCCUAUAGCAAGGAGGAUGGUAGUGCCAUAUUACAAUUUGUAAAAUUGAUAAAUCUAAAUUGCAGUCAACCACAACUUUAUUUGAGAAUAUUGCAUCCAAACGGUACAAUAACGCCGUUGAAUUUUGAUUUUUCAUUAUUCUCAUCACAAUCAACACCAAAUAUUCAAGAUUUUAAUUUUUGCCUUACACCCUAUGGUGGAACAUUUGUUGAUGUAGUGGCCCUGAAAAAGGAUUAUUUGUUGAUCAGUUAUUUGGAUUUGUUUAACGGAGGAAUGUAUCAACGUAAUGUUCUUUUCCUUAGAAAUAUUAAUUUAUCACCAUCACAUAAUUCUCACAUAAAAAGUGUGAUCGCUAUCAAUAACGAUCCUGAUAAAGGAUUUUUGUCAUUGAGUGCGUUUGUGGAUACAAAUAAUUUAUUACUUUGGUCAAUAUUUGAUUAUGGCGAAAAAGAAAACCAUGGAAUUAGACAAAUAUCAAAUGGGACAUUUGGUGAACCAGGAAUGACAAUAGCUACUUAUAAUGCAUUUAGUACAUUGGAUGGAAAUUAUGCUAUAGCUUAUACAUUGGAUAAAUCAACAAAUACAACGCAAUCUGCUUAUCCUCAAUGGCAAGCAGAGGUUACAUUUUUAAGAAGAUCAACAACUUCCAAUGAUUCAUAUCAAUUAUCAGAAAAACCUUUUGUGAUCUUCUCAUAUUUUUAUCAAUUAAAAUUGAUGGAAAUCACCUCUUGUCAUACUCUAUAUGAUGGUAUUGGUCAUUCAUGUUUUAUAAUUCUUCACCAAAUUGACUCUGCAACUACUCCAACUACAGGUCAACAGACAAUCAUAAAAUCUUAUUGGAGAGUAUCAUUUCUACUUAAUGGAAUUAAUGUGGAUGUGAAAUAUUUUACAAAACUAAAUUAUGGAAAUUAUUUAGUCUCUACUACCAUUGCUGCUGAUUCAAGAAAUAAUCCAACAAUAGAAUUUCUGGAUCCACGGAUUGAUUCUAUAAUUCCAAUGCAAUUAAGCAAUCUUAUAAUUGGAUUUGAUCAAAAUAUCACAUUAUCAAAUAAUAACAUUUCAAUAUAUCAAAUAUCAGAUUCAUCAUCAUCAUCACCACCACCAUCAUCAACUACUACUUCAAUAAAAAUAGAUGAUCCAUCAUCAUCGUCAAAUUAUUUAAUAUUAAAACAAUCAGUAAUAGGUAAAUCAUCAUACUGUAGAGUUGGUGAUGAUGGAAAGAGUGUUAUUGUAAAAGUGUUGAGUAGUACUUUUAAUAUUGCUGGGGCUAAUUAUAUGGUAGUCAUGGAUAAUGGAUUUGUUAAUAACCAGGAAUCUAAUGAACCAAUAGCCGGGAUUAAAAAAGAUAUAUGGAAAUCUACUACCGGGCUGUUAAGAUUGACAGAGGAUGGCACAAAUUAUUUCGGGAGCCUUUCUGACACAGAGAAAUCACUAUUCGUUGCACAAUUGCAAGUUGAUUUUACAACUAUUCUAUCGGUUGAAUCUGACAGAAUUUCUAAUUAUAGUAAAUUUCAACAAGAUCCGAACAUUUUUCAUUCUGGAAAAAAUUUAUUGAUAUUAUCAUUUGAUUUACAUUCCACUCAAAAUUAUUCGCUAUUAAAUGUUGAUACAAUUGCUAGUAAUUUAGACACUUUAAUUAAAAAUAAAUGGGUCACUGCAAUUUCUAAUAGUAAAUAUGGAUAUUAUUUAGAUGAUGAGUAUGGAUUUAAAACUGCCGAUACUUUGAGUAAUUUAUUAUCAAAAAAUAAAUAUAAACUUAUUGGCAUUUUAAUUUUUAUCAUAUUAACAUUUAUAAUAUAUCUGAUUGCUCUAAAAUUGGAUAAAGAACAAAAGGGAAAAAACUAUUCAUUUAUUGUGCUGGCAUUUAUACUUCUUGAUUUUUGUUUUGAUAUUAUCUUCACAAUUUUCAAUAGUAAAGACAUUUCGUUUUUAUUUUUGGCAAGAAAUAAUAGUAGUUACCUUUUGUAUGAAGUUAAAGAAACUGAUGAUACUUAUAAUCAAUUCAAAAAUUAUAGAAAAAAUUUAAUGUUUCGUGUUGGUAAUGGUAAUAGUAAUGUUAAAGGUAAUCUUGGUAAUCCACAACUAGAUGGUGAUGAAAGUGGUGUGUAUGAUGUCCCUAAUAAUCAAAAUAGAAAAAGUUUGAGUAGAAGUAGUUUAAUUAUUGGUAGAAGUG